AUGCGGAGUAGGCAAAACAGUUAUGCUGAUCGUCGUCGCCAACCAUUGUCAUUUGAGGUGGGGGAUCAUGUGUUCCUCAAAGUGUCACCACAUUGGGGAUUAUCUCAUUUUGGGCAGAAGGGCAAGCUUUCACCGCAUUUUAUUAGGCCGUUUGAUGUUAUCAAGAAGAUUGGGAAAGUCGCGUAUCGAUUGGCUUUGCCACCAAGGCUAUCAGGUGUUCAUGAUGUGUUCCAUCUAUCGAUGCUGCGAAAGUACGAGCCGAAUCCGUCACCUGUUCUAGAGUGGUCCGAACUAGAGUUGGAAGCCGAUGCAUCUUAUACAGAGGAGCUGAUACGUAUCUUAGAUUCGCACGAGCAAGUUUUGAGGGGUAAGACCAUUCCGUUAGUGCGAGACCUUUGGGGUACGCUCGGAAAGAAAGAGUCGACGUGGGAAAGAGAAGACGAAGUAAGGGAAAAGUAUCUGCAAUUAUUUCCGAAUUAA